AUGCUUUGGAGGUCACUUGAUUCAAAUAUUAUGUUGUUGUGUUAUUUAGAGAAAGAUGCAAGAGAAAGAGAACUUCAACAAGCACAAGAUGAAUGGGAUGCUGUAGAGACAAUAGUACCAGGAACUGGGGGUAAUGGAGGAACUGUACCUCAUUCACAGCCAUUGAUUCUCUAUAACGAAGCACUGCAAUUCUUUCAAACAGCAGAUCUUUCAAAGUAUAAGAAGGGGAUCAGAACAGAGAUUGAAAGGUCAGGGCUGGCCAAGAUCAAGUUCAUGCUGUUUGGGCCCCCUAAACUGAACAAAGCCCUCAAUAAUGAGAGAGACUUGGUGUUUGCCAUGGCUGCAUGUGCCUUGGAUAACAAUGAAGCAACUCACCUCAGAAUUCUACAGACGAUGUACAGGAAACUAACUGGGUCUAAAUUUGAUUGUGCCAGGUUUGGAGAUCAUUGGGAAACUAUAGGAUUUCAAGGUACUGACCCAUCGACUGAUCUGCGAGGAACAGGACUUCUAGGCUUAAUGACAAUAUUGUACUGCCUGUCUGACUCUAAGAUGCAGCCUAUUAUGAAAGAUAUUUACAAACUCUCUCUGCAUGAAACUCAGAACUUUCCAUUUUCCGUGAUGGGGAUCAAUGUGACGAGAAUUGUUCUUCAGUCAUUGAGGGAAGGAAUACUCAACAAAGAAUGCAAUAGAAGACAGCAGGUGCUUGAGGUGGUGAAUGAUCUGUAUGCUGGUACAUACCUUUAUCUCUAUCAAAUAUGGAAGUCACAACACAAGACUAUAGCAGACUCAGGCUUCGUCAUUAAAGAUGUUGAAGCAUUUGUGAAGAAAAAUCCUUUAAGAAUUAUGAAAAACUUGGAAAUUUACAUAGAGGAGCGCAGGAAUAUACCAUCACAAGAUUCAACUAAUGUUGCACAUGGAAACAAAAAUCUCAAAACUGAAGAACUAGUUUUCAAAGAUGUUUGUGCCACCUGAGAACCUAAGCUAAUUGUCUCUUUUGUCAUUUGAUUAUGUUCCACAUAUAAUGUCAUGAUCAAGUAAAACUGAAGAGAAACCAGGGUUCGAAACUCACAACUGCCUGACUGCCUGUGGAAAUCAUUUUAUCGUUCUUGGCAUUCAAUUUGGAAAAAUGAGUUGCUUAUUUGCCAGGGGACUGUUUGCCAAUAUGACCACAGAAUUGUAGCAAUCAUGUUUUCAACCUUAAAUGUGAACCCUGAGAGAAAGAUGUAUUAUUUUGUCUCCAGUUUGAAAGCGUAUACAUUGUACAUGCUGUCAAGUUGUCUGGUUCAAUUACAACUAAUAAAG